GGUUAAAUUUAUUAGCUGAAGUAUUAUUUGCUGACAUGAAAAGGUGAAUUUGAUUGUAAUGAAGCAGAUGACAGAAGGGGUGAAGAAUCUAUUGUGUAAAGCACAAGGAAACCAGCCUCUUAACAAAUUUUAACAAUUUACUCAAGCAUUCUCAUUCACUUCUUCGAUGAGGAAGAUAAAGAAGGAGAUUGUGGCAGAUAAUCACAUUCCUGAUCCUUGUUUAACUUUCUGUUCCCUUGAAGAUGACAGAAUUUCAGGUCUAGUGGUCUACGGUUGCUUCAGGAAGAGCAGAAGACAACAGGCAUGACCAAGGAACCCGAAGAAUGAAGAUUAUGCAUAUUGUUCAAGAGGACUCUUGUUUCUUCAUGUGAUGCAUUCUGUGUUGCAGAAAGCAAAAACUCGAGACGCUUUUGUUGAUUCACUAACUGCAGAGUUGUUCAUCUGUAAAUUCAUCUAAUUCAUUGAUUAUUUUCUCUAGACAAUUCUUUUCUAUAAGAAGUUUCUUAUUAAAGAGUUCUUCUUUUA